AUUAAAAUUAAUUUAUAAAAUGGCUUCAAUAGAAUAGCAAGAAGGGAUAAUAAUUGAUGAAAGUAAAUAAGAUUCAAGGAUGAAUUUUGCUGAUGAAAUUAUUAUUGACGAUCAACAUAUUCUCACAAUAUCAGCAGAAAAGAUGUUUGAAGAGCCUUAAAAACGCACACGUAAAUCAAGAUGGGGAGGAAGACCUGAUAGAAAGUGUGCUAGACCUGAGUAAAAACACUUGCAAUUCAAUCCUUUAGAGGCGAUGAUGAAUAGAAAAUGCAUCUUACCUGUAGGAGCCCAAAGCUUAGCCCCACCUGUACCCAUUGGUAUGGCCUUACCAUGGGGUAUGUAACAAAUGCCUGUGAUGCAAGUUAUGCCUCAGCAAUAUGGCUACAAUUUUGUGCGAACAGAUACUUCUCAUACUCGAUGGGGUCCUGAAUACGAAAAAACCUUUCAACCUCCCUCUUUAAAUUGCAUACCUCCUGAUUUGAGUAUUGAUGAUUUAGAAUAUAUAAUCAGAUUGUAUUGUCUUGAUGAUAUCAAUUAAAAACUACAAUAACCAAUAGAUAGUAAAAUGGACGAUCCUGAUUUAAGGUCUCCUUCUCCGGAACCAGUAUAUGAUCAACAUGGUAAGAGGGUGAACACAAGGGAAGUUAGAAGAAAAGACAAUUUUUAAAGAAUUAAAUGUUCUUUGACUGAAGAAUGCAUUAAAAUAAAUAAAAAUUUUGUUCCUCCUCAUGAUUUUAAACCUUUGAAGAAAUCAUAAAAGAUAUAUUUAACAGAUACUCUUAAUGCUCCUGAUACAAAUUACAUUGGUCUUAUUUUGGGACCAGGAGGAAAUACUCAAAAGUUCUUGGAAGGGAAAACUGGAUGCAAAAUUUCUGUUAGAGGCAAAGGAAGUUCUAAUACUAAGAAGGUGGAUUGGGAUAUGGAUGACAAAUUGCAUGUCUUAAUUUAAGCAGACAAUGAUGAGUAACUUCAAUAAGGUGUUAUUGAAAUAGAGAAGAUAUUAUCUGGGAAUCAAGAAGAUGAAUAAGCAAGAAAUGCAAGAUUAUAAGGAUAAGUUAUAGCUACAGUAUUAAGAGAUGACUUCUGUGAGUAUUGUCAUGAAAAGGGUCAUAGAACGUAUGCUUGUCCUACUAAGAUUCCAUUUGAAAAAGCAAGAGUGAAAUGUGAAAUCUGUCAUGAAUUUUCUCAUCCAACUUCAGAUUGUCCCUAAAAAUUUGAACACAAAGAGAGUUUCAUCCAAUAAUAAUAUGAUAAAUAUAGAAAAGACUUAGGUUUGGAAAAGAAUACUGAAAUAUUGUCAUAAGAGAAUUAAAAUGAAAAAAGAACCACAGAAUAAAGAGUUGCCUUUAUUACUAAUGCUUAGAUUGUAAAACCAAUCUAAAACUUAUAAAUAGAGGAUGAUAAAUUUAUAAUGGAAAGAUUAAGAAGAGAGUAACAAGAAAAAGACAAUUAUGAAAGGGCUUAGAAAAAAGCAUUAGAAUAAUAUACAUUGUAAACACAGGAAAACUAAAAUAAAUGAUGAAUCAAUAUAAUUAUUCAAGGCAUCUAAAAUUAUAAAUAAUAUUAA